ACCCCCUCCACUGGCUGAAGCCCGGCGCCGACCGCUUCCCCCAUGGCCUCCGCCCCGGAGGAUCCGGUUCUGGAACGUUAUUUUAAGGGCCACAAAGCUGCGAUCACCUCCGUGGACUUCAGUCCCAAUGGCAAACAACUUGCAACUGCUUCCUGGGAUACGUUUCUCAUGCUAUGGAAUUUCAAGCCACCAGCUCGAGCUUUUCGAUAUGUGGGUCAUAAAGAUGUUGUCACCAGCGUGCAGUUUUCUCCACUGGGAAACUUACUGGCAUCUGCUUCACGAGACAGAACUGUUAGACUCUGGAUUCCUGAUAAGAAAGGAAAGUUCUCUGAAUUUAAGGCUCAUACAGCUCCAGUUCGUAGUGUGGACUUUUCAGCUGACGGCCAGUUUCUAGCUACAGCCUCUGAAGACAAAUCCAUCAAAGUAUGGAACAUGUAUCGCCAACGCUUCUUAUACUCCUUGUACCGACAUACACACUGGGUGCGCUGUGCCAGAUUUUCGCCUGAUGGAAGACUAAUUGUAUCUUGUAGUGAGGAUAAAACUAUUAAAAUUUGGGAUACCACCAAUAAACAGUGUGUUAAUAACUUCUCAGAUUCUGUAGGGUUUGCAAAUUUUGUGGAUUUUAACCCCAAUGGUACAUGCAUAGCUUCAGCAGGCUCUGAUCAUACUGUGAAAAUCUGGGAUAUAAGAUUGAACAAAUUACUCCAGCAUUAUCAAGUUCACAGCGGUGGAGUUAAUUGUGUAUCAUUCCAUCCUUCGGGUAACUAUCUCAUCACUGCUUCUUCAGAUGGUACUCUUAAGAUUCUGGAUCUCUUAGAAGGAAGGCUCAUAUAUACACUUCAAGGACACACGGGCCCUGUUUUCACUGUUUCAUUUUCAAAAGGGGGAGAGCUAUUUUCAUCAGGAGGUGCUGACGCACAGGUCUUACUAUGGAAGACUAACUUUGAUGAGUUGAAUUAUAAGGAUAUUGCUAAAAGAAAUCUCAAAAGAUUACAUUUUGAUGCACCACCACAUCUUCAUGAUAUCUACCCAAGAACACCACAUUUCCAUGAUGGAAAGAUGGAUACUGUUGAAAUUAAUCCCAAACUUGAAGUGAUUGAUUUGCAGACCGCCUCUCCCCCAGUCGUGGACAUCUUUUCUUUUGAUUCUGGAUUGAAAAGAGGGAGACUUUCUUCUGCUCAUAGAAAAACAAUGGAAAACACAGUUAGAAAUCUACCAGACAAGACUGAAGAUAUCUGCAGAUCUUUCUUGAAUCCUUUAAUGUCAUCGGAAUAUUCAUCAUCAACCUUCAAAAAGAAAACAGAAGACAUAAGUGACCUCCCUUUUGAGAGUCAGAGAAGCAUACCUCUUGCUGUGACUGAGGCUUUAGAGCAUAUCAUGGAACAGCUCAAUGUUUUGACACAGACUGUUUCAAUCUUGGAGCAGCGACUGACUUUGACAGAGGAUAAGUUGAAAGACUGCCUUGAAAAUCAGCAAAAACUUUUCAAUACUAUCCAACAGAAAAGUUGAAUAGAAAACUGAACAGACUCACAAUAAACGAACACGUGUACAUAUAUGUGCAGGAAGGCAGAGCAAGAUGACUCAUGCAACACAACCAUGUGCUAAUUUCCACGGCCUUUCUUAAAAGGGUGAGCAGCAGAACAAAAGGGAAACAAGGCAUAAUUAAGGAUGAAUUUAAGCACACAGAUCAAUGUCAAGGGUAAAUUCAGAUAAUUACCACUUCCAUUGCAGAAAUAAAAUGAUAAACAUUCAGUGGACUCUAUUUUCCCCCAAAUUAUUUUAAAUGUCAGUUUUCAGGUAUAGUCCAUAUUCUGCUAGGAAAGUAACCAAAUCUCAGCAUUUCAUUGUUAAAUCAUUUCAAAUUAACCUUGUUCAGGUAGUUCCUUAAAACAAUGUAUUUCUUUAAUAUAUAACACCCGUGCGGUGAAAUAAUUCAUUUACCUCUAAGACAGCAUCCUGUGGUGAGAUGAGUUCAUGAUUUGACUUGUGUUUCAUUCAGUCAAAAAAAAAAAAAUUAUUCUUUCUUGCCAGUGUCAUCAAAAAUGAUCUUAUAAAAUUCAUGAGCACAGAAUUUGCAGAGCAAGAAUACACUUAUUUCAACCAGCAACAGCACAUAUAUAACUUAGGGCAGUGGGUUUUUAUUUAAUUUGUGCUGUCUGUUGCUUUUCGCCUUUUACUGACCUGAAAGAAAAUGAUGAAUUAGAACUAUGUGAAGCACACAUGUCUUUUCUUUUGUAGAUGAAUGAACUGAAUGUGAUUUAGGUUGUAUCUCACCCUAUGAUCCUACUUCACAAAGAUUACGUUAAUGUGAUUUCAGUAUGUUCAAAAGCCGGAAUGAUACAACAGUGGUAUUUAAAAAUACACGCACAUGUAUCUUUACUUGCUUCAGAAAUAUUGUUGCUGAGGGUGAUUUUGGCAGCUGAAUAAUAAGUACCCUAAAAAAAAAAAUCCCUAUCACAGACUUCCUAUUUUUUUUUUUCAUGAAUUAUGAUUCAAAACAAAAUGAAAAUUAGCUAGGGAAUCUGAAAGAUCUUGGUUACAAAUUAAUAAUUCUGCUCUUUCUUAAAUAAGAUUAAAUUGAAGAAAACCAUUAAUUGUAGGUAUACCUAGAUCAAUAACAAAGAACAUGGGAGAAGGCAGCCCAUUAUAUGAUUGGUAAAUGGGGGAAAUGCUGUUGAUGUUUUAGAAAAGAAAAAGUGAAGUCCUAUUUAUGUAGAAGUCCACAUUUAAAAUUUUUCUCCAAGUAAUUUCAAUUGCAUCUACCCACGUGGGUUUUUUAUUAUCUCAUUGAGUGUUUUAAGUGCCUUUUUAUAUUAUACUAAGUAAAUUUUUGGACAGUGUCAAGAGUUUAUAGAGACUAAGCGGCAUGUAUUUUUAUAAGCUCAUUGAGAAACUAAGUAAGAAAUGAAAUGUCAUACUAAUUUUUGUUUACUCUUUUAUAUGCUUCAAACA